AUGGCCAACGUCGAAGCAAGAUACAACCCGUUUUCAAAGUCCCCAAAGUCGCUGAAGGGCAGCAAACAUCCCUCGACCAUACGUACAGUCCCCAGCUUUGAGGACCCAUCGGAUACAUCAAGCUCAGAUCCACACUCUGCAAGGAACAGUGGUUUCUCCAGUUCGGUCAAUAGCAACACUAGUGGAGCUUCCAUUUAUUCCCAAAACCAAACACAAUUCCAGACCCAGAACGGUACAACCUCCCGGCUCAGCAAAGCCCCGACUUCCUACCCUUCGAAAACGCAACUGGGGGCUACCAGAAGCUCAGCAUCCCCCAUGGCUUCAAGCGAUGCAACUUUGCGGCCUGCCGACAAUGCAACCGACGGAGACGAGCAGCCCGUGGAUGGCUCUGGGCAGUGGGAUGGCGGCGCCGUAGGCAAGGCCGCGUUGGGAAAGACUGGCCGCGUCAUAAACAAACUCGUGUCCGACAAUGAGGCGUUGCGGAGAGAUCUCAAAAUUGAGCGCAUCAAGUCAGAGGAGGCGAAACAAGCAGCAAAGCUCAUGGAGGACAAGAUGGAGAGGAUGAUUUCAGAAUACGAGUCGAGGUUACUAGAAGCCAACGUUACCAAGACAUUGCUCAGCCGGAAAGAACGUCAGGUCGAGUCACUACAGCAAGCGGUAGAACUCGAGAAGAAGCGGACAGCGGAUGCACAGGACAGGGAGAGGACUUGGAAGGACGAGAUGGAAAAGUCCCGGCGGGAUGCCAACGUGCAGGUCGACGAAGCCAAGACAAAUGCUGCCAUGAUGGAAGGCCGAUACAAUGCAAUUGCGUCACACUGGAAGGAACAGGGCAAUGAAGUCAAAAAGGCCACAACAACUCUUCGCUCAGAAAUCGCCGCUCUUGUCGAGGAGCGGAGGAGGGACGACGACAAGAUCAACACUCUGAGAGACCUUUGCGACCAACAAGAUGGCAAUAUCAAAGACCUCAGGAGGCAGAACGAGGAAAUUGGCAACCAAUUCGAGGCCUACAAACGUACCCAGGAAGAAGCCCUCAAGUCCAUUAAGGAAAACGCCCGGAAUCGAGAAGAGGAGCAGCUCCGAACCAUUGAAGAAACGAAACAAACCCUGGGCCAACUCAAAUGGGCACUUCAAGUCAAAGCGAAUGUCAGAGGCGCUGGGUAA